AUGGCGCUAUCCGACUCGGGAGACGGUGGAGAUGACGGCGAUGGCGUGGGGAACGGUUGGUUGUCCGGCUGGAAGCGAGGCUUGGUCUCUGCCGCUGUCGGGCUCAGCGUGUUGAGCGGCGGGUUGACGACGUCCUACUUGCCAGGGUUAACCUCUUCCGCUGCGCAAGCCGCGAUGGCACCGAGCCUGAUGCAGGAUGAGAAGGGAUACAUAUCGAUAUUCGAGAAGUCAACUCCGGGCGUAGUGUACAUCAACACGUUCGUCAACCAGCGGGACGCCUUCAGCAUGAACGUGUUGGAGGUCCCAGCUGGUACGGGAUCGGGAUUCGUGUGGGACGAUCAGGGAAACAUCGUCACCAACUUUCACGUCAUUCGGGAAGCGCAAUCGGCACAAGUCCGUCUGACCUUGGGGGAUGGUACGCAGAGAACCUUCCAGGCGCAAGUCAAGGGGUACGAUCCGGACAAGGACGUGGCCGUGCUCAAGAUCGAUGCCCCGUCGGAGUUGCUUCGACCAAUCGCCUUGGGAGUCUCCAACACCCUAAAGGUAGGCCAGCUGGCCUUGGCCAUUGGAAACCCUUUCGGCCUGGACCACACCUUGACGAUGGGCGUGGUUUCUGGGUUGGGGAGGGAGGUGAAGUCGCCCAGCGGGCGCCCAAUCAGCAACGUCAUACAGACGGACGCCGCGAUUAAUCCCGGCAACAGCGGGGGCCCCCUGUUGGACAGCGUUGGCCGUAUCAUCGGCAUGAACACGGCCAUCUACUCUCCCUCGGGGGGCUCCGCGGGUAUCGGCUUCGCCAUACCUGUCGACACGCUCAAGACGGUAGUGGGCACCAUCAUCCAGAAGGGGAGGGUGAGCCGCCCGAUCAUCGGCAUCACGUUCUUGGAGAGCGCGAGGGCCAACACCGUCGGCAUCAAGAAGGGGGUUCUGGUCCUGGACGUGAAGGAGGGCACGAGCGCUGCCAACUCUGGCUUGAGGCCGACAACGCGGACGCAGCUCGGAGACAUCAUCGUGGCCAUCGACAAGCAGGAAAUCAACACAGAGGCUGACCUGUUCAAGAUCCUAGAAUCACGCAAGCCUGGCGACGAGAUUUCGAUCACCGCGGAAAGGGUAACGGAGGACGGUACGGAGACCCUGUUCCUCAAGAUCCAGCUAGCAGAGGCGCCGCAGCCUAUUGUACAGGCCAGUUCACCUUAG